UGCUGCAGACGCUACGCGGCGACGUCACGACGCCGCGCCACUACCUGGGCUUCAACGUCUGGCUGUGCCGGCUCGUCGGGCUGCUGCCACGACCAGGCCAGCCGUUGUGGGCCACGAUCCAGCCGCUGGUGUGGUCGUGCCUGCUGAUGCACCUGCUGUGCGAGCUGGCCGACAUCGGCCUCAACAUCACGGACGUGCAGCAGCUGGGCAAGAACCUGCCCGUCUCCAGUCUGGUGGGCGGCUCCUGGUACCGGCUCUCGUACUUCACGCUCCGCAGGGACGCCUACUGGCGGCUCGUCUCCAAGGUGGGGGAGAGCUUCCGCCGAGGCGCUCCCGGGCGCAUGCGUCGCUGGCUGCGGCGGUCGCGCGCCUACACGCUCGUCUACUUCGUGUACGGCACCGUCGUCUGUCUCUUCUGGCUGGGCCACCCGCUGCUCAUCCAGCAGACCACGCACACCAUGUUCAGCAUCAACAGCACCAACCACAGCCGGAUGUCGGAGACGGCGGAGUUCCCCAGCGGCGCCUGGUACCCGUUCGACGUGCGCGAGCGGCGGGUGUACGGGGCCGUGUACGCCUUCCAGUGCCUGGCCAUCUACUUUGCCGGCAUGCUCAUCAUGGUCACCGACAUCAUGUUCAUCACGCUUAUGCUGCUCGCUUGCGGCCAGUUCGAGGAGCUGGGAGAUAAGCUGCGAAACUGCUGGGAGAUCGCUGCCGCCAGGACACUGCGCCGUGCAGGGACCACGCAGGAGAGAGAGCUGCACAAGGUGGUGGCGCACUGCGUCCAGUACCACGACAUGCUGCUCAGGAUCGUAGGUGACAUAGAGGACCUACACUGGACGUCUAUGCUCGUAAACUUCGUUCUACAACUCAUCAUACUGAGCUUUUCUGCUUUCGAGGCCACAGCAUCAGCAGACCUGGCGAGCCCUUUAAAAGGCACAAACUUAAUGACGUACCUCGUACUGGCCAUAUUCCAGCUGUUUCUGCUCUGUCGCUGUGGAGACAAGCUGAUGGAAGCCGAGGAGGCGGUGUCGCGGGCGGUGUACGAGUCCCGGUGGUUCGAGGCGCCGCAGAGCGCCAAGCGCAGCCUCGGCAUCAUCGUGAUGCGCUCCCGGCUGCCGCAACGCGUCACCGUCGGCAAGCUGGUCGCCCUCAACCUCGUCACCUUCAGCGAGACCCUCAGCCGGGCUUUCUCGUACUUCACAGUGCUGCGGCAGAUCCGGACGAGCAACUGAGACUGUGGCAGUCAAGGAGGAAGGAAAAUUACAGCAGGAAUAAUCUAUUGCUUUAAGACUGUAGUCCA